CUAGCGGGCCUACCGGCUCCCGGGUGCCCCUCCCGUCUACCCUUUCCUCUUUCCCUUCCUUGCUUCUGCUGCCUUUCGCCGAUCGAGCAGAAGCGAAUUCGGACGAACUCAAAAAUCAUGCAUUUCAAAGUUUUGUGCCGUAUUACAUCCUCUGCAAAGCUCAACUCUUUGCAGAGAUGUCCGCAGGCCAUCCUGUCAAUGUGCGCCCAGAGGCGGAGUUAUUCCAGUGGCCAGGAGGCUGAUAUUGUUGUCAUCGGCUCAGGCCCUGGUGGCUAUGUAGCAGCCAUUAAAGCCGCUCAGUUAGGAAUGAAAACUGUAUGCAUUGAAAAGAAUGCUACACUGGGUGGUACUUGCUUAAAUGUUGGCUGUAUUCCAUCCAAAGCCCUUCUUAAUAACUCCCACUACUAUCACAUGGCACACUCUGGAGAUUUGUCAAGCAGAGGCAUUGAAUCUUCUGGAGUUACGCUGAACUUAGAUAAAAUGAUGCAACAGAAAGUCAAUGCUGUGAAAGCACUAACAGGAGGCAUUGCCCACCUAUUCAAGCAAAACAAGGUCACACUUGUCAGUGGACAUGGCAAAAUCACUGGGCCAAAUGAAGUUACAGCUCUGAAGGAAGAUGGCUCAACCGAAGUUGUUAAGACAAAGAACAUUCUCAUCGCCACUGGGUCAGAAGUUACACCUUUCCCUGGCAUUGAAAUCGAUGAGGAGACAAUUGUUUCCUCCACAGGAGCCCUGUCUUUGAAAAAAGUACCUGAAAAACUAGUCCUCAUUGGUGCAGGCGUUAUUGGUCUUGAACUGGGAUCAGUCUGGGGUCGUCUUGGUGCUGAAGUCACUGCUGUUGAAUUUCUGAACUCAAUUGGAGGCGUUGGCAUUGAUGCUGAAGUCGCCAAAACAUUCCAACGCAUUCUUCAGAAGCAGGGCAUGAAAUUCAAGCUAGGAACCAAAGUCACCGGUGCGUCCCGGGAGGGUGGCAAGAUCAAGGUGGCUGUCGAAGAUGCCAAGAAUCCUGACAAGAAGGAAACGUUGGAUGCUGAUGUUUUGCUUGUGAGUGUUGGGCGACGACCAUUCACCAAUAACUUGGGAUUGGAAGAUGUUGGCAUUGAAAAAGAUGAGAAGGGUCGCAUCCCAGUGAACUCUCGUUUCCAGACUGUACUCCCCAAUGUGUUUGCUAUUGGUGACUGCAUUCAUGGACCGAUGUUGGCUCACAAGGCUGAAGAUGAAGGCAUUAUCUGUGUGGAAGGCAUUGCGGGAGGCCCAGUUCACAUCGACUACAACUGUGUGCCUUCUGUAAUUUACACUCACCCUGAAGUUGGCUGGGUUGGAAAGAAUGAAGAAGAUCUGAAGAAGGAGGGUAUUGAGUACAAGGUUGGCAAGUUCCCCUUCGCUGCCAACAGCCGAGCCAAGACUAACAACGAGACUGAUGGCUUUGUCAAGAUUCUGGGUGACAAACACACUGACAAGCUGCUUGGUGCCCACAUUAUUGGACCGGGUGCUGGUGAGCUGAUUGGUGAGGCCUGCCUAGCCAUGGAGUAUGGUGCAUCUUGCGAAGACAUUGCCCGAGUUUGCCAUGCUCAUCCUACCUGCUCAGAAGCAUUCAGAGAAGCGAACACUGCUGCUUAUGCAGGCAAGGCAAUCAACUUUUAGAGCUCCAAACAUCCUGUGAACUGAAUUGUGAUCAUUUUAAGGUAUCUUAGGGCCUUUGGUAUUGACUUAUCACCCGCCCAUUGCCUUUUUAAUUUAGAAGAUAGCUCUCAAUGCUGAGAAAAUUGUCAUUGUUUUGAUGGAUUUUACUUUUUGAAUAGAUUCUGAUUCGGGGGCAAAUGUGCAAAAUGUGUAAUUUAAUGUACAAAACUCAACAUUUGAGUUUCUGUGUAGGAUCUGCAACUACUUAAGCACAAGUAAAAGGACAGAAUUUUCAAUUUGUGCCAGUUUAUUUCUCAUCAUUCCAUCCUAUGUUGAUGCAUCAGUUGAGCUAAAUUGCUCUUCUGUGCCCUUAUGGUUUGUGUUUCAUCUGCCCGUCUUGUUGGUAAGACGAUUGUGAAUCUUUUGACAUCUACAUGUAUGGAGUCAGCUCAGUGUUCAUAUCUAAAUUUUAUUUCUGCUCGGCUGGUAUUUAUUAAUUAUGUAAGGUCUUAUAAUUUUCUGUACAAAGUCAUACUAUAAAAGCCUUCCACUAUU